AUGGCGCCUCGCUUGGUCAUGACUCCUCGAUCCGGCGAAGCAGCGGCCUCCUGCGAGCUGCGACCCUCUGCCCAGGCGCUGUCUGCUGCUCCUGGCACCCCUGCCUGCGCCGGAGCUCACUCCAUGCCUCGUCAUAUGAGGCACAGCGCUCCCCCGCGGCGCGCAGCUCGAGGCCCGCCCCCAAGACCAUGCCCUGGCGCGCCGAGGCCAUCCACUCCCCACGCGGGGUUACGUUUCGACCCCGCCCCUCCAGAUGUCCUCGAACAGAGCGCCGCCUCUCGCCAAGAAUUACAGGGCUUCAAAAAACACUCUCCGUUACCGCCCGCCUCUGAUGGGCCCCUUCCGCCUGUCCGGGGGGCUCUGUCCUCUGCCCUUCCGCAUGAUCUCGGGCACGACAACUCGCCAUCGCUGUCCGAUCCGCGCGCCGACGGGCGAGACCUCGAUCCCGGACCCGGGGCUGCACCGCCUCCGAGCGGAACGAGAUGCGGCCAGUGCGGCGAGGAGCUCCCCGAUUCUGCGGCCAUCGACGCCCACAUAGCGCUCCACCAUCCGCCGACUCCUCUGGCUGCCCCCACGCCCUCCUCGUGCAGCUCCACCCCGGACCUGGCAGCGGCCGCCCUCCCUGCGGAGCCCGAGCCCUCGGCCUCGCCGUCCCUCAGCGCGGACCCGGCGUACCCCUUCAGGUGCGCUAUCUGCCGGGCCCAAUACAAGACCGAGAGGGGGCUCAAGGCGCACAUGGGCAGGCUCCGCCACUUCACACCCCUUGAGGAGACCGUCCACGACAUGAUCGGGAUACCGAGCGGCAACCCCACGGAGCCUCUGCUGCAGCUCGUCCUGGCCACCUACACGGGGCUUGCAAGGACCCUCCCGCCCGCCGAGACACUCGCCCGCCUCCUCACCAUCUGCCGGAAGGCCGACGGCUCGGGCCGCCUCCCGCCCUCUCGGAUGCUCCUACGUAGGGGGCUGCUCGGGCGGGCCUGGCAGGCCGUGCAGGACGAGGCGUCCCAGGCCCCGCGGAUCCCGGAGCCCAGGGGCGAGCAGCGCAGGCAGAUCAUCCGCGACCUGCACCCCCUCCCAAUGGACGUCUCCCUGCCUGCUGUCCCCCAUACUCUCGGGCCCGCCCCGAAGAUCACCGGCAAGGCCCUGGUGAGGGAGCUGAGGUCCAUGAAGGCCGUCGCCACCGGGCCCUCUGGCCUCGGCAAGGCGCACCUGCUCCACCUCUGCGACAAGGCAGGCGCCGCCGAGGUGUUCGCGACCGCGCUGGCAGGCCUCCUUGCCACCCGAGACUGGGGCCAGCUGAAGCCCCUCGCGGAGUUCCGGCUCAAGCUGCUGCCGAAGCCCAACGGGAAGUGGCGCCCCAUAGCGAUACAAGAGACCCUUCUCGUCGCCUUCCACAGGGCGAUACUCAAGCAGACGGCGCCUCUGAAGAAGCUUCCCUCCUGGCAGCUGGCGUUCGAGCGGAUGGCGCACGUCAAGGCGAUCAGCAGGGCCGAAGAGCUCAAGGCCUCGCACCACCUGCUGACCGUCGACGUGCGCAACGCCUUCAACUCGGUGCCCCAUGCGGUGAUCAUCUUCUCGCUCCACCGCGCCAGGGUCCCGCUCCCCACCGUCGAGUACGUCUCGUCCUUCCUGGGCGCGAGGCACUGCGUAGAUCUGACCUCUGUGCCUGCAGGCGUGCCCCAGGGCGACCCCCUCUCGAUGGCGCUCUUCUGCCAGUCGAUCGUGUGGCCCGCGGAGGCCUUCCUCUCCCAGUACGAGCUCCUGGCCUACGCCGACGACCUGGUUGUCGCGUCCCACCCCUCGGUCCCUGCAGACACGGUGAAGAGGGACGCAAGCGACGCCCUGGCCAAGGUGGGGCUCUGCGUCGAGCAGCCCAAGUGCGCCUCGACCCAGCUGGGGGCCAUCGCCUUCAUGGGGACAAGGAUACUGAGGGACGGCCCCUACAACCUCGGGGAGCAGGCCACGCGCUCUCUGCUCGGCCAUCUCGAGACCCUCCGCGCCGCAGACCUCUCGCGCCAUGACAGACUGCGGCUCCUGGCGGCGUGCAUCGUCCCGUCGGUGAACUACGGGCCCCUGGUCGACGCAUACCCGGGGCCCCACUCGUACGCCGACGUGGACGCCGCAGUCUUCGCCGAGGUCGCGUGCCUCCUGUCCAUCCCCGACCAGCAGGCCCGGGCCCUUGCCCUCACGCCCCGCUCCAACUACGGGCUGGGCCUCGUCCUCCCCGGCCACUACCAUGCCGACAUGCAGCAGCAGCGGAGGGAGAUGGCUGCGGGCACCUUCCGCGAGCUGAGGCGCAAGCGGAUCAAGCAGUCUGCGCCCCUCCGAUCGUUCCUUCCGCUGGCCCUGCUGCGCGGACCUCCUCUCAACAACGAUCAGGUCCUCUUUGUGGGCGAGUGCCUCCUGGGACGGUACCAGAAGAGCGUCGUCCUCGGCACCUGCUCCUUCUGCAAGCAGCCCAUGCGCCCCAGGCAUCAUCUCCUCUGCAAGGCUGUGAACGGGAUCCACGUCGCCAGGCACAGCAAGGUCCUUGACGCCCUCGUGGCCUGCGCCAAGGGGCGGCCCGGCUUCGUCACCCUCAACGCGGCCGUCCCCGUGGACCAUCUCCAGCCCGACCUGAUCAUCGGCGACGGCUACGGGGACCUUGUGCUGACGGUCCCCUGGCGCGUCGAGAGGUCCUUCGCCCUCAAGCUGGCCAAGUACAAGCCGCUCGUCGACGCCGGCAGGGCCAGACACAUCCUGCCGGUCGUCCUAGGGACCGACGGGACCAUCCACCCCACGUCGGCUGCCGGCCUCGCCUCUGCGGGCGUCGACGUCCCCCGCUUCCUACAGGAGGCCGCCCUGGUCAUUCUCUGGCACUACACUCAGUCGGCCAUCUCGUACUCCGCACUGGCCGUCCCGAAGGCGUCCCCUGUUGCGGCUGCGGUCCAGGGUGCCCCGCUGGUGCCUGCUUCUCUUCCUGCACCGGCACGCAAGGACCCGCCCAGCGCCCCGCAGUGUCCUGCCGACGCCCCCGCUGCGGCGAUCACUGAGGCGGCGGGGCUCUGCACCCAUGCCCCGCCUGCGUCCCCCAGCGUGGAGCUGAUGCUCUCGUUCGAGGUCUCCAACGCCCCCUCGCCCGGGUCCUACCUGCCGGAGCCCUCCUCUGAAGCGCACACGGCGGAGAGCUCGACCCCAACGCCUGCAGCAGCGGAUCCUCCCGGCGCCCCGACGGUCGAGCCGGCCCGGAAGCAGCGCCCGCCCAUAUUCAAGCACGUGGGGGUCAGGGCGGUGCCAGUGAGGGAGGACAAGCCCUAUCCAUUCAGGAAGGUCUCCGGCAUCCUUCCUGGGGGCGACGCUCCUUGCUCCGGCUAG